AUGUAUGCUAUCCUCGCUAUCGGAGCCGACUCUAUUGGCCACACUACUCUAGGUCUUGACCUCAUCACCGCAGCAUACUCUUUGUAUGCUUACCUUGUUGCUCAGCCGUAUCUACAAUCAGCUCAAGCCUUGAUACUCAUCUGCUUAGCUUUGAGAGGCCGUAAUAAGGACGGUGCUGGUUCACAAGCGCUAGGUCAAGCCAUUCGAAUCUUGCAUACUCUCGGCUUGCACAGAAAACUGAACGGAUAUGGCAAUCUUGACCGAGAGCAGACGGAAGUUGUGAGACUGGGUGUCCAUACCUGGUGGAGUGCCUACUGUCUCGAUCGUAUGAUGAGCUUGGAAACUGGCCGUCCUCCACAGGUUCAAGACGAGGACAUCGAUCAAUCGAGAGAUCUCCAGACCACAGACUUACAAGAUCUGGCACCUUUGCAAGCUCUACUCAAUCUUGGCUCCAUACAAGGGAGUAUAUGUAGGCAUUUGGCUACGACAAAACUUCCGACCAUCACGACAGUCUUAGAAGCACAGUCCCGCUUAGACCAAUCUUUGAUCGAGUGGCAGAACAGUCUGCCUGCUAAAUUACGUUGCGAUGGAGACAUUACCAUCAACGACCCGGAUCUUGCUCUUCCUCGAGCGUUUUUGAGUAUUCAACUUCAUACAACCAUGAUCAACCUUCAUCGAGCUGCAUUGUUGAUGGACAAAGAGAUCCACCAGGCAAAUCUUGCUCGUUACGAUCUUGGCAAAGCCAAUGCGAAGCGCUUAGCAUCAAGCGACUCGAUAUGUGCAAACUCGGCUAGAGCCAUCAUCACUGCGUUCUUACAAACUCGAGACAUUACAAGAAACUCAAGACUGCAAACAAUGACUGGACCCCUGAUGGCCAUUUAUGUGCUAUCGAUCAACACACUGAAGAACGCGACCUCGUGGUCCGCUCGCUCCGACGUUGGCCUUAUUUACUCGGCUGCGGAGGCAGUAGAACAGAGAUACACCGCAGACGGACAAGAUCCUGGAUUCUACACACUCUUGAAGACCUUGAAACAGUUUGCGUCUCGUGACACGCUUUCUCCAAGGAGUCUGACGAAUUCGAGAGUGCCAACAAGAAGGACUUCGCCACAGAUCAAUAAUUCCAGAUUCACGCCUCAACCAGGAUUUGCUGACCUUAACCACGACCACAGUGCGAUGCGGCUGAACCAUAUUCAGGACCCAAAUUUGUCAGAUGAAUGGGAUCUACUUUUCCCGCGCUUGUAUGUAGGCGACUUUGCUCUGAAUGCUGAAGCAUUGGAAGGGAUGGACAUUGAGCACUUGAUGGGAAUUCCGCACCUAUCUUUUGACGAGCCGCAUUGA